UGCCUCAGCAUGGCCUGAUGAGCGGUGCUAGGUCUGUGCCCAGGAUCCAAACUGCGAAACCCUGGGCUGCCAAAGCAGAGCGCGCAAACUUAACCACUUUGCCAUCGGGUGGCCCCUUUACGUCUUUAAAUAGCCUGCUUUCUCUCUUUUUUCCUGCUGAAACUUGUAUUCUCAUUGUUUCCUCCAUAUUUUGGUUACUGUCUCUUUGAUAUUUUAGUCUCAUGUCUCUGUGCUGCAUUCUAGAUAAUUCCCGCAGACAUUUUUUCAAAUGCAAUAACUUUAUUCGGCUCUGUCUUUUCUGUUUAACCCAUCAGUUGAGUUGGGGUGUGGUUUUUUUGCUGGGAAAGAUUUGCUCUGAGCUAAUAUCUGUUACCAAUCUUCCUCUUUUCUUUCUCCUCCCCAGAGCCCCAGUGUGUGGUUGUACAUCCUAGUUGUAAGUCCUGAUUCUUCUAUGUGAGCCGCCACCACAGCAUGGCUGCUGAGGGACAGGUGGUGUGCUUCUGCACCUGGGAAGUGAAUCCGGGCUGCCAAAGCAGAGCGUGUCGAACUUUAACCACUAGGCCAUUGGGGCUGGCUCCACCAAGUUGAUUUUUAUUUCAAAAUUUUCCAACUUCUAUUUUGAGAAACUCGUAGCCUUGCAGGAGAUUUGCAGAAGUUUCCAUCCAGUGUCUCCGAGCCUCCACGGUGCUGACAUCUCACGUGAUCUCAGUAGGUUUAGCGCAGUGGUACAGUAGGAUUGUGCCGAAUCCAAACGUCGAUACAAGACUGUCAGCUCAUCCACAGACCAAUUCACCUUUGGGCUGUAGCUGACUUGUGUCCCUCUUCUGGAGUUUGAUCCCAUCUGGUGCCUCACAUUGGUCAGGUGGUCUUGUCCCCUUGGUCUCAUCCAAUCCUUGAGUUUUGUGACCUGCAUCCCUUUGGAUUUGUCUGGCAUUUUCUCAGUUAGGUUUGUGGUUGUGAUUGUGGCAGGAGAACCACAGGAGCGAUGACCUGCUCUUCUCUGUGCCUCAGACCGGGGGGGACACGGUGUGUGUCUGUCUCAUUUCUGGUGAUUCCAACUUUGACCACUUGCUUGGGUGAUGUCUGCAGUUUCUCCACGGUAAAGUCGUGUGUCUCCCUCUGUCAUUAGUAGACACAGAAACUCUGCAAAGACCUCAUGGAAUUUUCUCUCAGCAGUUGUACGGUUCAUCUCUAGACAUUCCCGGUGGCUUCUUUGUCCACACCACUGCAUGCUGUGCAUCUGAGAGCUCCAGGACCUCAUCCUGGGCUCCAGCUGUCCCUCCCUGGAGCUGCCAGGUGGCAGCUUCUCCCCCACUGGCCGCCUCUCAAGGGGUGGGGCUGAUCUUUGAUCUUUGAUCCUCAUCCAUUGAUACUCAUUUGCAAAGGUCCUCCAGCCUGAAUGGCGGAAGCUUUUCUCCAGUGUAGAUUACUUCUCCUUCAGGUGGCGAUCUUCGGCUGGGGCCACUUCCGCCUCUGUAGGGGGUGGCUCAAAGCAGGACCCCUGCCACCUCGAGCUCCCCAUGCUGCUUGUUGAGGGGUCCUCGGAGCCCCUCACAUUUCUUCCCAUCCCAACUUGGAGCUUCCUGGGAGCCUGUCUGCCCCCAGCAUGAAUCCAGAGGCCCCUGGUGAUAUUUUCUCUUCUGCUGCCCCGCUCUUGGCUCCCGGGGCCCUUCAUGGUUAUUUUUACAGUCACAUCUCCUUGUCCGUGCACAUUUCAUUGCUUACCUCUCCCAGGGUCUCAGCCGUGUCUCUCUCUCCGAGCUCUCUUCCUGCAGCCUUGUUUCCUCUUCUUCCUCUUUGCUUCGUUUCUCCAGUUCCCUGCCUGCACUCCUCUCCCAGUGGGCGCUGAGGUUGACCAGAGGCUCUGCCUCUGCUCAGCUGUGUCCUCUGUCGAGGCCUUUUCCUGGGGCCCCAAUAUUCCUGCUCAAGGUCUGUCCUUUGCCUGUUGAACUCCCCAGAGAAGCUCCUUCUGGCCUCCUGCCUGGAGGGCCAUGGCCAGGCCCCUCUCGUCCUCAGUGUUUGCUUUCCUGCUGGCUCUCAGCCUCCAUCACAGCCCAGGGCCUCGCGCAGCCCAGUCUGCAGCUGCUGCUCCUGCGCUGCUUCCUUCUUAUUCCAGCUCCUCGGCCCCACCCUACCCCUCACCCCGGGAGUCCCAGAGGAGUCUGGAGCGCGCUUUCUGCUCUCCAGGCCUCGGCCCCUCUGUGGCCAGCUUUGACAUUCUUGCCUCCUCACCUCUCUCCCCUCCCACGUGGGUUUGUGCUAACUCAACAAAGUCAAGCAGACAGCUCAGAUACCUGGAUGUGAUUUAGUGAGCUUUGUAGGGAAGGAGCUAAAUGGCACCAACAUCAUCUGCACCUGGGGUCCAUAUUCUUUUCCCUUUUUUUGGUAAGGAAGAUUGGCCCUGUGCUAACAUCUAUGCCUCUUCCUCUAUCGUGGGAUGCCCCCCACAGCAUGAGUGAUGAGUGGUGCGUAGGUCUGCACCCAGGAUCUGAACCUGUGAACCCCAGGCCACUGAGGCAGAGCACAUGAACUUAACCACUAGGCAACCGGGCCAGCUCCUACUUUCAUUUUUUAAGAUGUUCAAAGCCCUGCUUUGACUCCAGAGGCAUUUGGACUUGAUACAGAAGCUGUGUGCACUCAGAGGGCCCCUGUCCCCUCCAGUGGCCCAGGAAGAGCGGUUUCCUUGGCUGGGUGCAGAGGCCAAGUGGGGCCUCCCUGCUCCUGGGCUCCCAGCCAUUGCAUCGCUCCUUUACCAGACUGGGCUGUUUGUGCAGAUUCGAUGGUCACAAGGUUGUGCCCUGGAGGGCGAGUGUUUCCUGGUGGCCAGAGCGUUCGUCCUGGGCUUCCUGGACCCUGCUCUGGUUGCAAGUGGACACAGCGUUGGUCUGUUGACAGAGCCCACGAGUGGCUGGGCAUCUGGGUCCCCGGCACCUGCUGUGUUCUGCUCUGGAAGCCCAGCCUCUGGCUCCCUGUGCAUGGGAGGAGGGCAGCGCAGUGCCACCUGACCAGAAACUUCCCAGGGCACAGGUCAGACCCGAGCCCUGAGGGGCCAGCCGUUGGGAGGCUAGCCCAGGUCACCCAGGAAGCACUCACUCUGAAGUUGGGUCUUGGGGCCAGGGAAGGGCGGGCCGGCAAUUGGACCUGCUACCAGUGCUGCCCACCCGCCCUCCGGCCACUCCUUCCCUCCGUCCAACACUGGCCAUUGAUCCAGCCUGAAAUCGGAAUCCAUAAGAAAACGAAGGUUUGGCUCCGACUGUGUGGGCUCUGGUCUAAACAGGCGUCUGUAGAUCUGGGGGCGCACGUGUGGCUCAACAGGGACCCUGAGGACCCGGGAGAGGCUGUGCUUCUGGCAACGGACUUUGCUCAUGGGACACGGGAUGCUUUCCGUGUGUAAAUCUCAAGCUUGCAGGGCAGUGUGGAAAUAACACGGUGCCUGCCCACGCACAUCCCGUGCUGUGUGACAUGUUUUUGCUUUUCCUCUGGGCCCUGUCCCUGGUCCUGUUGAUCCUCCACGAGAUAACCGCGGCGUUGACUUCUCUGUUCUUCACUCAUUUUCAAGACUUUUUAUGUUUUUUCCUAAACAGUAAGUAGUGUUUUGGCAUAUUUAACAGCUUUUUGUGGAACCAUAUUGUGUGUCUCCCCAUUGCCGGACCCCUCCUCCACCGACUCAGCCUUGUUGUGUUGUUGCUGCGGCAGCUGUAAAAUUUCCCCGUUGGCUCGUGAGGCCGAGGCCCCUCUGACUACCUGGGGUCCAGCCCCACGAGCAGAUUGGUGCUUGUUCCUCCCGUGGAAAGGCAUUCAGGUUGUGCUUUGCUACUAACAAAAAUGCUGCAGGAAAGACCUCCCGAAGCGGGUUUUGGUGAGAGUUGAAGCGCCCAAGUCCCCAGGCCAUCAGCUCUCUUCCUGCUUCAGCCUUGGCCAAGUGCUAUGGUUUCUCUCUCGUUCCCUGUCACUCUCAGUGACUCCUGAAGGGUCACAUCGACAGUUUCGAUCGGAAUCUAUUUGCAUUUGUGUUGUCGGCUGUUUCCAACAGUCAGUGGGGACAGUCGGUGACAGUAACAGAACUGUGAGUGCCUCGGUGGGGCAGUUCCAGCUUGGCGGCUCCCCGCUUGGUCACACUUGAGCAUCAGCCAAGGGGCAAAAGGUCACUGAGGCAACGAGGUACUCGGACUUCCCCCGCAGUUCUCUGGCCUCACUGGUCCAGGCAGAGCUGGACACCUGUCUGUCUGUCUGAGCUCGAGGUGUUUGCGUGCAGCUGCACCGAGGACCCCUGCCAGUCUGGGCAGGGAGGAAGGUGAGACCCUGCUUCCUUGUACGGCCGUGCCUCCGCAAGGACAGUUCACAGCAUUACCGCCCUGUGGCCCCAGAGGGGGCAGGAAAACGAACGUUUUGAACCCGAGCUUCGUCUUGCACCUGGUGGAGGAGGGAUGGUGGGUUGCCGGCUGGGCCUGUAGCACCUGCCUUUGCUCUUUGUGGUGUUUUUUGGUGCCGUGGGUACAUCUUGAGCGUCAACUCCUUGCCCUGCAAACAGGUUUGGUUUUCGAAACUCGGUGGUGGCUGUGGGGUACGUGUGACAAACACCAUGACAGAGUCCUCGAGGAGAGGGACCUGAUGCUGUUGGGGGCCUCGGAAUUAGGGUUGGGCCCCGACGAGGAGCUUUCCUGGGAAGGUAGAGCCCACGCCCGGUGGUGCUUGUGUCCUGGAGGUGGGAGGGAGCAGGGAGAGAGGGCAGGGGUGCAAGGCCCCAGGCAGGUGGGGGUGCGGCCAGUCUAGGAGAGGGCCCGGCAGGAGGCCAGGAUGCUGGGCAUCCACAGACAGCAUUGGUUGGCUCCUGUGGUAAGGAGCCCAGGAGGCGCAGUCUGGGACCCAGGGGCCCUCGGGUGGGGUGCUCUCUCUCUGCUCUUAGGGACCCUGCACCAUAGCAGUGGGCUUUGUUCCUGCAUUUCACGUCCACUUGCAGCCAGGCCCCUGUCCCUGGCAGUGGGGGCUGGGGUUGGAGCAUAGAUUCCCCACAUCUCCAACUCAGGGUGCAGCCAGUCCGGCUGCAGGGGAUUCCCGAGCCUGCAGAGGUUUUGCUCCUAGCAUGUUGUUGCCCCGAACAAGGGCUGGAGAAGAAUAAGAAGGAAGUGGGCAUUUUAGUGGAGACCUGGUGCUGUGGCCCAAGGAGCUCAAGAGCUUGCGGGUAUCCCGGGGACAGUAAGUGCCCGUGGGAGGGCCGGGCGCACACCCAUUGUGGUCUGGGGAGGCUGCCCUGCUGUGCCGAGGGUCAGGGUGCAGGUGGGUGGCAUGGAGGAGCUGAGGGUGCUCCCUGGGACCUCAUGGUGCUGAGCUAGUGUGUGACUGGGCAGACCGAGAGCACCAGAUGGACAGGCGGGUGGACGCUGGGGGCCGAGGGAGGGCAGGAGGGCACUCAGCGCGUCUGGGGCUGCGUCACCUGGGCGCACGGCUGGAGCCAGGUUCCUGGUGCGGGGAAGACACAAGUGCAGUGUGGACCACUUGGGUUUGAGGGACCUCUAAGCUCUUGUAGGCAGAUGAGCAGGAAGCAGUGGGGUGGGCAGCCUGAGCUCCUAGGGGAGCUCGGCCAGGAGGUGACAGCAUGUGUCCCUGUUGAGUGCCGGCAGGCAGGAGAGGAGCACAACCCCCUGGAGUGUGGUGCAGCUAGCUCAACACCCAAAUACCUCCUGCUCUGCACGCCUGGAAAUUAGGGAUAAGAUAUAAUAGGCGUCAUUUCAGAUGUAUGACUGAGCUCUGCAUAACACAAGGAAACCUCAGAUGUCAGAAACUGGGGAGGAAUAGGCAGUCCGAGUGGCCAGCCCAUAUGAGGCUGCCUGGGCAGGGUGGUGGCGGCCCAGGGACUUGGAUGUGACAUCCCUGAGGAAGGAGGUUGGACCCUGGCCCUCCUGAGAUGGCACAGGCAGUUGUCACUGAGAACCUUGAAAAAUUUGCCUCCCAGCACAGGAGAAAGACCAGUCCUGACUUAUGAGGGAAAUCACGACCAUGGGCCUGAGUACCAGGCGGGCAUGAGUUUGGUGUGUUGAGGGUUUGUCCAGAAACCAUAAAGUCGGUCCUGGGCUGGUGACACCGCUGGGGCCCCUGGCAGAGGCAGACCCAAGCCUGUUUAAAGGCGCACCCUCAACUCGAGAAGGAGCUCCCUCGGCCCGGGUGCACAGGGCCCCAGGUCUCAGGUCCUGCUGAAGGCGGUGAUGACGCGCACCAGGAACUGUCCACCACGAGCCAGUGGCACCCGACGCAUGCAGGAAGCAGGGUCACACUGCGGAGGUCUUUGGGUGAUCAACUAUCAGAGACAGUAAAAUAGAAGAUGGAAAGAAGACAUCAGAAAGUUAAGGAAAGAACAAGAUGCUGUGAGAAAAACAGGCCAAUUUGAAAUGGAACCAAGCAGAACGUCCAUAAAUGAAAAGUACCAUGAUUGAAGUUUAAAACCCAAUGGGUGGGUUUUAACUCAGUGUCUGACAGUGGGAGCUCAGUCCUCCUGUGAAGAACAGCGCAAGGGUCCGCCCCGCGGCCAAAUGAUUAAGUUCACGCACUCCUCUUCGGCGGUCCAGGGUUUCGCCCAUUUGGAUCCUGGGCGUGGACCUAGCACCACUCAUCAGGCCACGCUGAGGCAGGUCCCACAUGCCACAACUAGAAGGACCCACAGCUAGAAUAUACAACUAUGUACUGGGGGGCUUUGAGGAGAAGGAAAAAUAAAAUAAAAAGAACUCAAAAUGCUGGGUAAAAUAUUAAAGUCAGUUAGGGCCUGGGAAAGCCCAGCCUGAAAAGCUUUUAUGGGACAAGAUCCAUAAGGGGAGAGGCCCAGGGUGGUGGCCCGUCUCCUCCGUGGCUUCCACUGGUCCCAGAAUGGGUGGGAAGGUGCAGAGCACUUCUGACUGCCUCAGGGAGCAGGUGGCACAGACCUCAGGCCUGGGCUGAACUGAACCAGCCUCAGGGGCCAGGGGUCUUGGGACGACAAGACAGGGCCAGUGAAGGGAAGGCAGCCAACAGGAUGGGGCACCGUGGCCAGGGCUGCCUGCAUCCUGGGCGUUGGACUAACACAGACAAGGAAAUGAGGCUGAAAUUCCAUCCUGCACCCCACACUUUGCUGGGAGAGGCAUGCCCACUGGGAUCGCCGCUGCCCUCCCUCCUGGGGUCCCUGCACCUGGGGAGGCAGAGUGACCCGUGCCAGCCGCUGUCCUUGAGAUAAAGGCUUUCCACUUGCUGUGGUAGCAGCAUGUCUGUGUCGGCAAAACCUCAAGCAGCGGCAGAGCUCACCCCUGGCCCCAAGGAGAAGCCCAGGGGAAAGCCACUCCUUCCCUGGGGCUCUCUCUUCAGCCACCGAAGUGAGAAGAUUGUUUUCACCAAGAGUGACAGUGUCCCCGAGGAGAACGUGCUCACCAUCACCAUCACGGAGACCACCGUCAUCGAGUCAGACCUGGGCAUAUGGAGCUCCCGCGCCCUGUUCCACCUCACGCUCUGGUUCUUCUUCAGCUUCUGCACUCUCUUCCUCAACAAGUACAUCCUGUCCUUGCUGGAGGGGGAGCCCAGCAUGCUAGGUGCUGUGCAAAUGCUGUCAACUACAUUUAUUGGAUGUAUUAAAAUAUUUGUUCCUUGCUGUUUAUAUCAGCACAAAACCCGGCUUUCUUAUCCACCCAAUUUCAUCAUGAUCAUGCUGUUUGUGGGUCUAAUGAGGUUCGCCACAGUGGUGUUGGGUCUGGUCAGCCUGAAAAACGUGGCGGUUUCGUUCGCUGAGACUGUGAAGAGCUCUGCCCCCAUUUUCACCGUGAUCAUGUCCCGCAUGAUCCUUGGCGAGUACACUGGGUUGCUGGUCAACCUCUCCCUCAUCCCAGUCAUGGCAGGCCUGGCGCUGUGCACGGCGACCGAGAUAAGCUUCAACAUUCUGGGAUUUUCGGCUGCAUUGUCCACCAACAUCAUGGACUGUUUGCAAAAUGUUUUUUCAAAAAAGCUCCUGAGCGGGGACAAAUACAGGUUCUCCAUGGAUGUUGGCUGUCACACCGGCCCUCUCUCCUCACGGGAGAAGGUGAACCCCAGUGCCUUGGGCGCCCUGGAGGGCUCUUGCUGUGGAGUGUGUAGGAGGCCACCCCCGCCCCGUGUGGAGAGAGGGCCAGGCGCCGCUUUCUCGCCCUGCAGGGCUGCCGAGCUGCAGUUCUACACUAGCGCCGCCGCCGUGGCCAUGCUGGUCCCAGCCUGGAUCUUCUUCAUGGACCUGCCUGUGAUUGGGAGGAGCGGGAAGAGCUUCAGUUACAACCAGGAUGUCGUGCUGCUGCUGCUGACGGACGGCGUGCUGUUCCACCUGCAGAGCGUCACGGCCUACGCCCUCAUGGGGAAGAUUUCCCCUGUGACUUUCAGUGUCGCCAGCACCGUGAAGCAUGCCUUGUCCAUUUGGCUCAGUAUUAUAGUUUUUGGCAACAGAGUCACCAGCCUGUCGGCCAUUGGCACCGUCCUGGUGAUGGUCGGCGUCCUGCUCUACAAUAAGGCCAAGCAGCACCAGCGGGAGGCCAUGCAGAGCCUGGCCGCAGCCACCAGCAAGACACCAGAGGACGACGUGGAGCCGCUGGUCCCCAAGGACCCCAGACCACACCACUGAGCUCCGGAAGCCUCGGCGGGCACCCAGGGCCCUGAGACGCUGCCUGUGGCUGCUCUCCUCCACGCCAACAUGGGUCCCCUGUGCUCCUCCUGCUCCCUGGAAACCAGGCUUGGGGACACCCAGCCUCCACAAGUCACAGUUGGGGCGCAGGAAACUGGGGACCUACAGCCUUUCCUGCCUUUCUGGGGUUUUUAGUCAAAACCGACAGGAACUCAGUUUGAGAAUCCCAGAUAUCAGCUCCUGGGGACAGAGACCAGAGCCAGCUGCCACUGAGCCAUCACCAAGUAAUGUGAAAACCCCCCCAUUGACCCCCUGCUGAGUGCAUGGGAGGGGUUGGGACCCAGGCAAGCCUCUGCAUGUCCCUCACCAGGCACGCAGUUCCAGCUGCAGUGAGGCCAGGCACACAUUCCUCUGCGAGGGACAACUGUGAAGCCAGAGCCGGGUCCAGGUACCAACGCACACUGCUCCCUGCUCAGUGUCAGCAGAGGAAACCCAGCUUCCCCACGCCAGCCAUCAAUGGCCACUCUGCUCCUCAGCCAUCUGGGGAGACUGCAGUGCUAGGACAGAAGGCCAGAUUGCCCAGUACCUGGGCACAGAGGUCACAGCAGCCUGAGAGACCACUGAGCCGGGCAGAGUGGAGAGGAGACAGACAGGGUGCAGAAACAAGGGUCCCCUGCUGCUGAGGGUGGGGUGUUGGGCCCUUGCCUUCUCCCCCUUCCACCUGGAGCGUCCUCUCCCACCCCAGAGCUGCCAGCAUCUGGUACCACUUAAAGCAAGGUCCCUCAUGGAGGGGAGGGGUGCCCCAGCCCCUCUCAGAGUCUGCUGCACUAAGGCUCCUGCCUCCCAAGGGUCCUGCUCCUCGGGCUCCAGCCAGUGACCCCUGAAGUGGUGAUUUCCGGCCCUGGAGGUUGAGGACGGACAUCUGUGGUGGUUAACUUGGGGCAGGGAGAUGCUCAUGUUCCUGUUCUGGGCUCGUGUGUGUAACGGACUGUGCUGAAGGGCUUGCUGUUGGCACAGCUGCCCUCACUUGGCUGGGCAGGAUCUGAGCCUUAACUGUGUCAUCGAGGAGGAUGUUAAGAUUUUCCUUGUGAAUGGAUGAGCAGGGGGAGCGGCGGGAAGGAUGUCUGCAGUGUUUUCAGUUUUCAUUAUGCUGCACUUAAAAUGACAGAAUAGUUUUUUAAAAAGGAAGCACAGGCCCAGAUGCUUCUGGGAUGCAUCAUGUUUGUUGGGUAAACCCCACUCUGAACCACAGCCCGGCCUGCCUGGCUCUCCUCUCCCAGAGCCUGUGUUGGGUUGAGGCUCCUAACCUCUUCGCUUUAUUCCUCAUCUUGCCUCCUGGUGGGAUUUCUGAUCAAGGCAGGUCUGUUGCCAGCCAGUGCUUGAGGCCCUCCCCAUCUUGCCAAGCUUGAGUUCUGGGGCUUGUCAAAUGCAGCCUGACUUAGUGGGCACGCUCUGGCCACCUGGCCAUCUGAAGCCUGCCUUCUGGGACUGAGUGAAUUAACUGAGGAAAGGAAUUUAAGGCACUAAUUGUUCCCUAAGUCUCAUUUCCCCUCCCUGCUGUUCAGGUCCUUGGCUCCCAUAAUUGGUUCACUGGUUUUCUAGUUGGCUUCUCAACUGGAAAAUAUAAAAACAGCCCCUCCUGGAGAUCAAAUCUCUUGGUAACAAAGAGCAAUAAUUACAUCUCAUUAAAUUCUACCUACCUGAAAAA